AUGCUAGUUCACGUGAGGAUGAAAAUUGAUCUAUUUGUGAUUGUACUUAAUAAUCUCUCCCUUGCACAAGCCUCUCAAAAAUAUGUCAUUACUCCUAAAUUUAUUUUGUCUUGGAUUCAAAAAUAUAGAAGACCAACUAAUGAAGUUCCUCCGAAGCUUAUAGCCACAUAUGGAAAUAAUUUCAAGUUUCUUGGUAAAGAAGAAACAACAGAACAGCUUUUGAAUGGAACCUUAAAUAAAAAUGCAGGACCUGGGUACUGGGAAAACUUGGGUAUUAGAAGAAAGUUUGAAUAUGUUGAAAAAAUGUGUAGAAAAGAUGAUGAUGUUGAUUUAAAAGAACUGGUAUAUAAUGCUGUGCUGAUUGAUGCUACAUAUGGGAAUGGUUGUGCUGCUUCUGCAACAGAUAGUAAUAUUGGUGGUGAAACAAUAUUAGAUUUUCCUAGGCUAAUAUAUGCUGAUCAAGAACGAAUGAAACAAAAAGGUGAAAUAUAUUGGAGUUCAAGAAUGCCUAGAAAAACUUAUUAUUUUGAAGAUCCAAAUGGAGCAGCUAGUGAAUGGCAAUCAUGA